AUGCACCUCCAACCACUAGAUUUCUGUGCCAAAAGUUUGAUUGAUGUAAUUCUCAAUGCAUCUAAGGUUUAUGUGAUUGGCGGGGAUGGAACAAUGAGAGGAGCAGUGGCCAUAUUCGAAGAGUUUAAACGGUGUGGUUUGAGGAUAUCCAUUACAGGGAUCCCAAAAAACUUGGACAACGACAUCGACAUUAUAGACAAGGCGUUUGGGUUUCAAGCCGCAGUGGAGAGUGCUCAGUAG